ACACCAUGACUGACCCACCGCCAAACCGGUCAUGCUGGAGGAUGUUGCAGGCAACAGAACGUUCUCUAAGGCGUCUCCAGACUGUCACGUCUGUCACAUGUGUUCAGUGUGAACCUGCUUUCAUCUGUGAAGAGCACAGGGCGUCAGUGGCGAAUUUGCCAAUCUUGGUAUUCUCUGGCAAAUGCUAAACGUCCUGCACGGUGUUGGGCUGUAAGCACAACCCCCACCUGUGGACGUCGGGCCCUCAUACCACCCUCAUGGAGUCUGUUUCUGACCGUUUGAGCAGACACAUGCACAUGUGUGGCCUGCUGGAGGUCAUUUUGCAGGGCUCUGGCAGUGUUCCUCCUUGCACAAAGGCGGAGGUAGCGGUCCUGCUGCUGGGUUGUUGCCCUCCUACGGCCUUCUCCACGUCUCCUGAUGUACUGGCCUGUCUCCUGGUAGCGCCUCCAUGCUCUGGACACUACGCUGACAGACACAGCAAACCGUCUUGUCACAGCUUGCAUUGAUGUUCCAUCCUGGAUGAGCUGCACUACCUGAGCCACUUGUGUGGGUUGUAGACUCCGUCUCAUGCUACCACUAGAGUGAAAGCACCGCCAGCAUUCAAAAGUGACCAAAACAUCAUCCAGGAAGCAUAGGAACUGAGAAGUGGUCUGUGGUCACCACCUGCAGAACCACUCCUUUAUUGGGGGUGUCUUGCUAAUUGCCUAUAAUUUCCACCUGUUGUCUAUUCCAUUUACACAACAGCAUGUGACAUUUAUUGUCAAUCAGUGUUGCUUCCUAAGUGAACAGUUUGAUUUCACAAAAGUGUGAUUGACUUGGAGUUACAUUGUGUUGUUUAAGUGUUCCCUUUAUUUGUUUGAGCAGUGUAGUAGGUAAGACUAACAUAGUUACUGGGUUAGUUCUCAACUGUCCUAAUGGUUGAUAUAGUAGGUAAGACUAACAUAGCUACUGGGUUAGUUCCUAACUGUCCUAAUGGUUGAAAUAGUAGGUAAGACUAACAUAGCUACUGGGUUAGUUCCUAACUGUCCUAAUGGUUGAAAUAGUAGGUAAGACUAACAUAGCUACUGGGUUAGUUCCUAACUGUCCUAAUGGUUGAAAUAGUAGGUAAGACUAACAUAGCUACUGGGUUAGUUCCUAACUGUCCUAAUGGUUGAAAUAGUAGGUAAGACUAACAUAGCUACUGGGUUAGUUGUCAACAUUUCCUCGCAAAUAUUUCCGUGCCACAACUAACUCUUCCUAUCGCUUCAAGUCUUCUUACCAUUUGCAAAUAAAUGCGAGCUAACCCACUUAAAUAAACAGGAGCAACUUUAAACGUCUGUUUUUAUGUUAUUUUUGUUGUAUUGUUCCUUAUGAUACCAGACAGGGCGAGGAGGCCAGCCACAGUGACACCAGUCUGAACUUCGUCUCUCUAAAGGGUAAAGGUCAGGGUCACGUGGUGUCGAGGCACAGCGAGGCAUCUGGGGACAAUGGCAACGCCCCUGUGGCGAGCCUGAAGUAGGGUCUCGAGGGCGGAGGAGAAAGCAGACGAGGGCGACUCGUUCUAAACCACAGAACCUAUGGCUGGUGAGGAUGCUUUGACCACUGGGAAGCUUCGUCCACUCUCUGAGGGAGGAGAGCCUCUCAGGGCGCUCCUUUACUCCAAUGAGGAGCGGCACGGCCUCAAUGUGAGAGCAGCAGAUUUGGGGAGGGGAGUGGGCAGCAGCACCCAGGUCUCCCUUCUUUUGGACCCGGCCAGCCAACGGAGUGCUGCAGGUGGGGGGGUCCCACUCAGGAGAAUCCCACCACAGAGACCUCUCAGGCAGCAGGAAUGAACAGCCUUAAUUCGUUGAGGCAUGGACUCUACAAGUUGUCGAAAGCGUUCCACAGGGAUGUUGGCCCAUGUUGACUCCAAUGCUUCCCACAGUUGUCAAAUUGGCUGGAUGUCCUUUGGGUAGAGGACCAUUCUUGAUGCACACAGGAAACUGUAGAGCGUGAAAAACCCAGUGACAUCAAUAAGGGAUCACAGCUUUCACCCGGAUUCACCUGGUCAGUCUGUCAUGGAAAGAGCAGGUGUUCAUUAUGUUUUAUACACUCAGUGAAUACUGGAAUAGAGGAUACAUCUCCAGCGUCACUAUGUGAAAGGUAAAUGCUUUUAUUUCUGCCAUUUUUUUCUGUCAAGCUCUAUUACACUUGAUUGAUGUGACUAGGUUUGUUAGGGGUUUUAGUUGUGAAGUAAUGAAUUAUUUCAGGUACUUUACACUCCAAAGACAAAAGGAUCUUCCGCGCAGGGUUCUAAAUAAACAGAGUUUAAAAACGAGCGGACAAUUAGGAAAAGCUCAAACCAAGUUUAUUGACCCAAUGGGUCAGACAGCUGAACAGACAAAUACAUGUUCCUUCCCAGCACAAGUAUUUAUACCCCACUUCAGUCUCCUCCUUUUCUCUGAACAUCACGUCUUUAUUGCUAGGCAGGGAGUUAGAUUGUGGGUAAUAAACUGUUCUUUCUUCCUUAAUGUACCUGACCUGACCUCUGCCCCCAUUCCUCACUAAUCCACAGCUCUCCAAUCCUAUCAGUGACACAACCAUGUGAUUGCCUUUCCUUUACUCUGUAACAGUCCAAGUCCCUGGCUCAUAUCCAACCUUAAUUGACCCCCACCAUAUACAUUCCUCCUACAGAAAACCAUUCACUUCUUCUGCAGCACGUAUUUAAAAUUACAACCCAACAACUGAAACCAGACUGUGUCCCUUCUCCUUUCCAUAGGAUACCUGAUGUCUAACAAUAACAUGUUCUGACAGAGUGUAAACGUUCUGCCUUCCCCUUUCUCCCUCAGUAGCAUGAACAGGGAUAUUCAUAUUUCAAGUUUAGAAGUCAGAACCCAUCAGGGGUAUGAUGUUAACCCAGUUCCAUCUCAAUUUCUUUAUUUUCUAUGUUUUGUAAUACCUAAUAUAUAUUACAGCAAAUAAUAUGGCUAAACUCUGAUUAGAUAGAGGAUAAACCAGUUUUCUUGAAGAGAAUGUAUAAGGAAGGUAUCAUGUUUAUUAAUGACAUUGUCAACAACAACGGUAAAAUUGUCACACGAGCAAUCAAUCAGGGUGUGUGGAGAAGUCAAUACAAAAUUAGCACCAACCUAUCGCAGCUCUGCCACAAAAAUGGAAGCGCCAUUACAUGAGAGAAAAAGGAAUAAACAGGUUUGUCUGCCACCAAUUAAAUGGCUUAAAAUGACCAAUAGAAUUUGCUACAAAAAGUGAACAGUCAGAGUGAUGCAGAUUUUGCCACGUUGAACCAGAAUCAAUAGAGCAUCACUUUUGGUACUGUCCUUCACUGGAUUGUUGUUGGAGUCCGGUCCAGGAAUGGUUGUUAUGUGAUGAUAUCAGGGCAUGAUUGGACCUGCAAACCGGAUUGCUGGGGGAAAUGUCAUUCUACUGUUGGGAUUUUUUUUAAUUUUAGGGCAAUUUGGUCAGAAAUGUUGCAGAUGGGAAGGUUCAAGUCCCUAGUGAGACACCACGGUAGAAUGGAGGGAUGUAUUGCAGGUGAAAAUAUGAUUUACUGGGAAAGAUGGGUUGAACUGUGGUUGUAUGAAUUAAUGAGUGUUGGAAUAAAUACAUAUGCAUGCACAGUAUAAAUGUUUGAGGUCCUCCAAUCAGGAGUGAGGGUGGGGAUUUUGUGUUUAUGCGUGUUUGGUUUCACACUGUGGGCAGGGGCUUUGCCCUGCCGGCAUCUCGGGGCAAGCACAUCCACUGACCAGAGCACCCACUGAUGCGAGCGGCCAUUCAUAUUGUCUUGGUAUUGUUUUUAUACUUAAAAAAUACCUCUGUCUUAACAGAUGAUGACAUUGACUAUGAUGAUGACUUUAACAGCCAUCCUUCAGAUAUCUCUCAGAGUGAGGUGAGCAUUGGAGGAGAGAUCGAGGAGGUUUCCAUCGAGGGACCUGAACAACAGUAAUAAGGUAUGUAUGAUAGUAAGGAUAACAGGCAUUCAACCCUACGUAUCUGUGUUCAGAUAGUGAGCAGCAGUGGGUUCCUCUGGUAGUCUAGACUCAGAAACAGGAAGUGAUUUACUGCUGUUUUGUUCAGGUUUAGUUCUAUGUAGAGAAAAGGAAAGCUGCUUGAAGACGUACAUUUGCAAAUGUCAGAGAUAAGCAAUCGGUGAAUUAAAAAUCCCGGUAUAGUGUGGGUAUAUGAAUCUAAAUGGAAUCAACAGUUUAUUCUCUUUGAGUACACUACAUGACCAAAAGUAUGUGGACACCUGCUUGUCCAAUACCUCAUUCCAAAAUCAUGGGCAUUAAUACGGAGUCGGUUCCCCCUUUGCUGCUAUAGCAGCCUCCUCUUCUGGGGAGGCUUUCCACUAGGUAUUGGAACAUUGCUGCGGGGACUUGCUUCCAUUCAGUCACGAGCGUUAGUGAGGUUGGGCACUGAUGUUGGGCAAUUAUGCCUGGCUCGCAGUCGGUAUUCCAAUUCAUCCCAAAGGUGUUUGAUGGGGUUGAUGUCAGAGCUCUGCAGGCCAGUCAAGUUAUUUGACACUGAUCUCAACAAACCAUUUCUGUGUGGACCUCGCUUUGUGCGCGGACAGGAAAGGAUCUUCCCCAAAGUUGGAAGCACAGAAUCGUCUAGCAUGUCAUUGUAUGCUGUAGCAUUAAGAUUCCCCUUCACUGGAACCAAGGGCCCUAACCUGAACCACGAAAAAUAGCCCCAGGCCAUUAUUACUCCUCCAUCAAACUUUACAGUUGGCACUAUGCAUUCGGGCAGGUAGCGUUCUCCUGGCUUCUGUCAAACCUAGAUUAGUCCGUCAGACUGCCAGAUGGUGAAGCAGGAUUCAUCACUCCAGAGAACGCGUUUCCACAGCUCCAGAGUCCAAUGGCGAUGAGCUUUACACCACUCCAGCUGAUGCUUGGCAUUGCACAUGGUGAUCUUCGGCUUGUGUGCGGCUGCUCGGCCAUGGAAACCCAUUUCAUUAAGCUCCCGAUGAACAGUUCUUGUGCUGAGGUUGCAUCCAUGCAGUUUUGAACUCUGUAUUGAGUGUUGCAACGAGGACAGACCAUUUUUACUCGCUUCAGCCGGUCCUGUUUCUUGAGCUUGUGUGGCCUACCCCUUCACAAUAACAGCACUAACAGUUGACCGGGGAAGCUCUAGCAGGGCAGAAAUUUAUUUGACAAGUUGACUUGUUGGAAAGGUGGCAUCCUAUAAUGGUGCCACGUCGAAAGUCACUGAGCUUCAGUAAAGCCAUUCUACUGCCAAUGUUUGUCUAUGGGGAUUGCAUGGCUGUGUGCUCAAUUUCAUACCUGUCAGCAACAGGUGUGCCAGAAAUAGCAGAAUCCUCUCAUUUGAAUGGGUGUCCACAUGCAGUGCACUCUGAAUGUUUUCAGACCCCUUCACUUUCCAUAUUUUGUUACAUUAUAGCCUUAUUCUAAAAAUGACUAAAUAUGUUUUCCCCAUAAUGACAAAGCAAAAACAUUUUUUAAUUUUUCGCAAAUGUAUUAAAAAUUGUAAACUGAAAUCACAUUUACAUAAUUAUUCAGACCCUAUACUCAGUACUUUGUUGAAGCACCUUUGGCAGUGAUUACAGCCUUGAGUCUUCUUGGGUAUGAUGCUACAAGCUUGGCACCAGUAUUUGGGGAGUUUCUCCCAUUCUUCUCUGCAUAUCCUCUCAAGCUCUGUCAGGUUGGAUGGGGAGCUAUUUUCAGGUCUCUCCAGAGAUGUACGAUCAGGUUAAACUCUGGGCUCUGGCUGGGCCACUCAAGGACAUUCAGUGACUUGUCCCGAAGCCAUUCCUGCGUUGUCUUGGCUGUGUGCUUCGGGUCUGAGGUCCUGAGCACUCUGAAGCAGGUUUUCAUCAAGGAUCUCUCCGUACUUUGCUCCGUUCAUCUUUCCCUCCCAGUCCCUGAAAACAAUCUCUACCGCAUGAUGUCGCCACCACCAUGCUUCACCAUAAGGAUGGUUCCAGGUUUCAUCUAGAUGUGACGCUUGGCAUGAAGGCCGAAGAGUUCAACCUUGGUUUCAUCAGACCACAGAAUCUUGUUUCUCAUGGUCUGAGUCCUUUAGGUGCCGUUAGGCAAAUUCCAAGCGGGCUGUCAUGUGCUUUUUACUAAGGAGUGGCUUCCGUCUGCCACUCUACCAUAAAGGUAGAGAGAUGGUUGUCCUUCUGGAAGGUAUUCCCAUCUCCACAGAGAAACUCUGAAGCUUUGUCAGAGUGAACAUCGAGUUCUUGGUCACGUCCCUGACCAAGGCCCUUCUCCCCCGAUUGCUCUGUUUGGCCAGGCGGCCAGCUCUAGGAAGAGUCCUAGUGGUUCCAAACUUCUUCCAUUUAAGAAUGAUGGAGGCCACUGUGUUGUUGGGGACCUUCAAUGAUGCAGAAAUGUUUUGGUUCCCUUCCCCAGAUCUGUGCCUCGACACAAUCCUGUCUCGGCGCUCUAUGUACAAUUCCUUCAACCUCAUGGCUUGGUUUUUGCUCUGACAUCACUGUCAACAGUGGGACGGGUGUGGUUCUUUCCAAAUCAUGUCCAAUCAAUUGAAUUUACCACAGGUGGACUCUCAUCAAGUUGUAGAAACUUCUCAAGGAUGAUCAAUGGAAACCGGAUAAACCUGAGCUCAAUUUCGAGUCUCAUUGCAAAGUAUCAGUCAAUAGUUCAGACAUCUACUCAUUCAAGGGUUUUUCUUUAUUUUGACUAUUUUCUACAUUGUAGAUUAAUAGCGAAGACAUCAAAACAAUGAAAUAACACACAUGGAAUCAUGUAGUAACCAAAAAAUUGUUAAACAAAUCAAAAUAUAUUUUAUAUUUGAGAUUACUCAAAGUAGCCACCCUUUGCCUUGAUGACAGUUUUGCACACUCUUCACAUUCACUCAACCAGCUUCAUGAGGUUGACUGCAUUUGAAUUAACAGAUGUAACUUGUUAAGUUAAUUUGUGGAAUUUCUUCCCAUCUUAAUGCGUUUGAGCCAAUCCGAUGUGUUGUGGCGAGGUAGGGAUGGUAUACAGAAGAUAGCCCUAUUUGGUAAAAGACCAAGUCCAAAUUAUGGCAAGAACAGUUCAAAUGAACAAACAGAAAUGACAGUUCCUCAUUACUUUAAGACAUGAAGGUCAGUCAAUCGAGAAAAUUUCAAGAACUUUGAAAGUUUCUUCAAGUGCAGACGCAAGAACCAUCAAGCGCUAUGAUGAAACUGGCCCUCAUGAGGACCUCCACAGGAAGUUACCUAUGCUGCAGAGGAUAAGUUGAAGUUACCAGCCUCAGAAAUCGCAGCCCAAAUAAAUUCUUCAAGUAAUACUCAUUUCAACUCUUCAUAGGAGACUGCGCGUAUCAAGCCUUCAUCUUCAAAUUGUUGCAAAGAAACGACUACUAAAGAACACCAAUAAGAAGAGACUUGCUUGGGCCAAGAAACACGAGCAAUAGACAUUAGACCGGUGGAAAUCUGUCCUUUUGGUCUGAUGAGUCCAAAUUUGAGAUUUUUGGUUCCAACUGCUGUGUCUUUGUGAGAUGCAGAGUAGGUGAACGGAUGAUCUCUGCAUGUGUGGUUCUUAACUUGAAGCAUGGAGGAGAAGGUGUGAUUGUGUGGGGUUACUUUCCUGAUGACACUGUCUGUGAUUUAUUUAGAAUUCAAGGUACACUUAACUAGCAUUGCUACCACAGCAUUCUGCAGCAAUAUGCCAUCCUAUCUGGUUUGUGCUUAGUGGGACUAUCAUUUGUUUUUCAACAGGACAAUGACCCAACACACCUCCAGGCUGUGUAAGGGCUAUUUGACAAAGGAGAGUGAUGGAGUGCUGCAUCAGAUGACCUGACUUCCACAAUCACUUGACCUCAACCCAAUUUAGAUGGUUUGGGAUGAGUUGGACCGCAGAAUGAAGGAAAAGCAGCCAACAAGUGCCCAGCAUAUGUGGAAACUCCUUCAAGAUGGUUGGAAAAGCAUUCCUCAUUAAGCUGGUUGAGAGAAUUCCAAGAGUGUGUAAACCUGUCAUCAAGGCAAAGGGUGACUACUAUAUGGUCAUUUGUUUAACCUGUUUUUGGUUACUAUAUAGUUUGAUGAGAUCACUCAGGACCUCAGUGUAUCUCAGCUCAGCCAGACUCAAGGAGCUGACUACAUGGAGGUGGUGGCAUGACAGUCCAUCAGCCAUACACCACACAGGCCAUUUCUACUAUGUUAACUAUUAUUUAUGUUGUCUGUACCAGAGGAGGCUGGUGGGAGGAGCUAUGUGAGGAUGGGCUCAUUGUAAUGGUAUCUUUGGAAAGGAGUUAAACGUGGUUUCAUCAUUUGAUACCGUUCCAUUAAUUCCAUCACAGCCAUUACAAUGAGCCCAUCCUCCUAUAGCUCCUCCCACCAGCCUCCUGUGGUGUGUACAUAGUUUGUGUACACAAACCUAAUAAAAUUACCACUUACCCAGAUUGUUCUUGAAGACUGUUUCUAUUGUGCUCCUUUAUAACAUGUAAAUAGAUGAAUGUCAAGGAUCUCAGGGUUGAUACAUGGAUGACAUGUUUUCUGUCAUUCUGAAACCACAAUGGGGGAGUUUACUGUAAUUUAUGCUGUGGCAUUAAGAUACAUUGGCAGACGGUUUCAACCACAAAGACCAGGGUGUUUUUUCUUGCAAAGAAGGGAGCCUUAAAAAAAAAAUGAAGGCAGACAUUGAAUAUCCCUUUGAGCAUGGUGAGGUUAAUAAUUACAUUUUGGAUGGUGUAUCAAUACGUCCAGUCAGUACAAAGAUACAGGUGUCCUUCCUAACUCGGUUGCCAGAGAGAAAGGAAUAUGCUCAGGGAUUUCACCAUGAGGCCAAUGGUGACUUUUUAAAACAGUUAAGAAUGUAAUGGCAGCACGUGACUUAACCCCACAGUCCCAUUAGGGUGAUUUCUCCCUUUCUCAGCUGUCUAUCAACAGUCUCCUUGAUUCCAAGGCCCGAAUGCAUAUUUAGACUCUGACCCAUCCCAGGUCAGUGGCUGUUGUUGUCGGCAGAUGAAGACGCAAGUUUGGCUGCUGACCAAGUUACCAGGAAGAUUUGUGUGCAUCCAUAAAGUGAGUUGUGGGUUUACUCUUGUGGGUUUUAUGCUGUUAGCAAUUCUGACUUGUUACUUUCUUACAUUUUAACUACAUACUGUACUGUUUAACAUGAAGCUAAUGUUUGUGUAUAUUUCAGCUUUGACAUAUAUACAGUUAAAGUCGGACGUUUACAUACACCUUAGCCAAAUACAUUUAAACUCAGCUUUUCACAAUUCCUGACAUUUAAUCUUAGUAAAAAUUCCCUGUCUUAGGUCAGUUAGAAUCACCACUUUAUUUUAAGAAUGUGAAAUGUCAGAUUAAUAGUAGGGAAUGAUUUAUUUCAGCUUUUAUUUAUUUCAUCACAUUCCCAGUGGGUCAGAAGUUUACAUGCACUCAAUUAGUAUUUGGUAGCAUUGCCUUUAAAUUGUUUCACUUGGGUAAAAGUUUCGGGUAGCCUUACACAAGCUUCCCACAAUAAGUUGGGUGAAUUUUGGCCCAUUCCUCCUGACAGAGCUGGUGUAACUGAGUCAGGUUUGUAGGCCUCCUUGCUCACACAUGCUUUUUCAGUUCUGCCCACGCAUUUUCUAUAGGAUUGAGGUCAGGGCUAUGUGAUGGCCACUCCAAUACCUUGACUUUGUUGUCCUUAAGCCAUUUUGCCACAACUUAGGAAGUAUGCUUGGGAUAUUUGUCCAUUUGGAAGACCCAUUUGCGACAAAGAUUUAACUUCCUGACUGACAUUUUGAGAUGUUGCUUCAAUAUAUCCACAUAAUUUUCCAUCCUCAUGAUGUCAUCUAUUUUGUGAAGCGCACCAGUCCCUCCUGCAGCAAAGCACCCCCACAACAUGAUGCUGCCACCCCCGUGCUUCACGGUUGGGAUGUUGUUCUUCGGGUUGCAAGCCUCUCCCUUUUUCCUCAAACAUAACUAUGGUCAUUAUGGCCAAACAGUUCUAUUUUUGUUUCAUCAGACUGGAGGACAUUUCUCCAAAAAGCACCAUCUUUGUCUGGCUUUUAUUAUGGCGGUUUUGGAGCAGUGGUUUCUUCCUUGCUGAGCGGCCUUUCAGGUUAUGUCGAUAUAGGACUCGUUUUACUGUGGAUAUAGAUACUUUUGUACCUGUUUCCUCCAGCAUCUUCACAAGGUCCUUUGCUGCUGUUCUGGGAUUGAUUUGCACUUUUCGCACCAAAGUAUGUUCAUCUCUAGGAGACAGAACGCGUCUCCUUCCUGAGCGGAUGACGGCUGUGUGGUCCUAUGGUGUUUAUACUUUCGUACUAUUGUUUGUACAGAUGAACGUGGUACCUUCAGACGUUUGGAAAUUGCUCCCAAAGAUGAACCAGACUUGUGGAGGUCUACAAUUUUUUUCUGAGGUCUUGGCUGAUGUCUUUUGAUUUUCCCAUGAUGUCAAGCAAAGAGGCACUGAGUUUGAAGGUAGGCCUUGAAAUACAUCCACAGGUACAUCUCCAAUUGACUUAAAUUAUGUCAAUUAGCCUAUCAGAAGCUUCUAAAGCCAUGACAUCAUUUUCUGUAUUUUUCCAAGCUGUUUAAAGGCACAGUCAACUUAGUGUAUGUAAACUUCUGACCCACUAGAAUUGUGAUACAGUGAAUUAUAAGUGAAAUAAUCUGUAAACAAUUGUUGGAAAAAUGACUUGUGUCAUGCACAAAGUAGAUGUCCUAACCGACUUGCCAAAACUAUAGUUUAACAAGAAAUUUGUGGAGUGGUUGAAAAAUGUGUUUUAAUGACUCCAACCUAAGUGUAUGUAAACCUUAAUUGCAUGAGUAUUUAUUCAUAAUGUUAGUUUAGAGAUGGUUAUUGUGUAGCCUGUAGUUUCUGCACAUACUAUCACUGUGCAUCCAUAGUUUUCACUGGUGCCAUGGCUUGUUGAACAACAAUAUAAACACAACAAUCAACAAUUUAAAAGAUUUUACUGAGUUACAGUUCAUAUGAGGAUAUUGGUCAAUUGAAAUUUAAUCAUGAGGUCCUAACCUAUGGAUUUCACCUGACUUGGAAUACAGAUAUCUAUCUGUUGGUUACAGAUACCUUAUAAAAAAAUCAAAUGGGCCUCACAAUGGGCCUCAGGAUCACCUCACGGUAUUUCUGUACAUUCAAAUUGCCAUCAAUAAAAUGCAAUUGUGUUUGUUGUCCGUAGCUUAUGCCUGCCUUCCCAUACCAUAACCCCACCUCCACCAUCAGGCGCUGUGUUCACAACGUUGACAUCAGCAAACCCCUCGCCCACACGACGCCAUACACGUGUUCUGUGGUUGUGAGGCCAGUUGGACAUACUGCCAAAUUCUCUAAAACAUUACAUUCUCUGGCAACAGUUCUGGUGGGCAUUCUUACAGUCAGCAUGCCAAUUGCAUGCUCCCUCAACUUGAGAACUGUGGCAUUGUGUUUUUGUUUUUUGUCCUGGUGCCACAGGGUUGUAAAUUACAAUACGCAUGCGGGAGCUCCAAGAAUCGUCUGAAACUUUUAUUAGGUAACAUGUAAAGUGUUUUAUGAGCUGAAAUAAUAGAACAUUUCUCAACUUUUGUGCACAAAUUUGUUAACAUCCAUGUUAGUGAGCAUUUCUCCUUUGCCAAAAUGAUCCAGGACUUGUUUAGCAUAUCAAGGAGCUGAUACAACAGAAUGAACAUUACACAGGUGCACCUUGUGCUGUGGACAAAAGUCCACUUUAAAAUGUGCAGUUUUGUCACAACACAAUGCUGCAGAUGUCUCAAGUUGAGGGAGCUUGCAAAUGGCAUGCUGGACUGCAAGAAUGUCCACCAGAGCUGAUGCCAGAGAAUUUAAUGUUUACUUCUCUACCAUAAGCCGCCUCCAACGUAAAUAUAGAGAAUUUGUCAGUACAUCCAACCGGCCUCACAGCAGCAGACCACGUGUAUGGCGUCGUAUGGGCGAGCAGGUUUGCUGAUGUCAACAUUGUGAACAAAGUGCCCCACAGUGGGGUUAUGGUAUGGGCAGGCAUAAGCUACGGACAACAAACACAAUUGCAUUUUAAACAUGGCAAUUUGAAUGCACAGAGAUCAGUGAUGAGAUCCUGAGGCCCAUUGUCGUGCCAUUUAUCCACCGCCACCACAUCAUGUUUCAGCAUGAUAAUGCACUGCCCCAUGUUGCAAGGAUCUGUACACACUUCCUGAAAGCUGAAAAUAUCCCAGUUCUUCCAUCGCCUGCAUAUUCACCACGUCACCCACUGAGCAGGUUUGGGAUGCUCUGGAUUGACCCGUACGACAGCGUUCCCACCAAUAUCCAGUUCCCACCAAUAUCCAGCAACUUUGCACAGCCAUUGAGGAGUGGGAAAGCAUUCCACAAUCAAAAGCCUGAUCAACUCUAUGCGAAGAAGUGUCACGCUGCAUGAGGCAAAUGGUGGUCACACACAGGAUGAAAUAUAGAUAUAAAAUAACACACACCCUCUAACACGUGACCACAGGAACAGGAUGGCCUGGCCGGAGGCCCAUAUUUGGACAUGUGAACGUCUUCAUGACACAGGGUCAUAAAUCAAUUACUUUGACGCGUGCCGUCUACUUUAUUCUCUCUUACAACGUAUUGACUCGGGUGUGAAUACUUAUGUAAAUUAGAUAUUUUGUUAUUUUAUUUCAAAUAAAAUAGCAAACAUUUCUCAAAACAUGUUUUCACUUUGUCAUUAUGUGGUAUUGUCUGCAGAUGAGUGAGAGAAAAAAUAUACUUUCAAUACAUUUUUAAUUUGGACUGUAACAAAAUGUGGAAUAAGUCAAGGGGUAUGAAUACUUUGAGGGAACUGUAAAAUGUAUGUAUGCUUUAUUCACAUGAUAGUACUAAUCAGUGACACCGCUUUGCUAAAUAUCAAGUACUUUGAUCUUUGACACUUUAUCCCCCAAGUAAUGCAUGUCUGCAAAAUAAUGCACACUGUUUCCAGUGUACCUAAUAUUCAAGAUAGUUGAAUGAAUAGAAGUGAGCAAUCAGUCAAUACGUUUCAAAGGUCAAUAAAGAGUUAAGGUGUAAUGAGCAUGUUUCUUGAGUUCUUCUGCUCAGAUCGUGUGAUCUGCAGGUGUCAGCCAACAGGUUGUUAUUUGAGAACGUCAAGUGCAUGCUGCGACACUGCUUGGUUCCACAGCUGACAGCCUUGGUUGAUCAAAUGCAGAAAAACUUUACUUCUUCCUGUUUUCUCUAAUUGAGAGAUUCUGAGGUUCACAGCUUCCUUUCAAACUUGGCUUAAAAUAGUCCCAAGAGUCUUUUGAAACGAUUACUCCGUUAUUCUGGAGAAAAUGAACUAUACGGAUAAUGGCGAGGAAACAGUUAACAAUUCAGUGGCGUAUGACUAUGAUUUGGUGGAGCCAUGCAAUAUGGAAGAAAACAACAGUGUGGAGAGAGUGGUGCGACUCUACAUCCACUCUGUCAUCUGCAUCCUGGGUUUACUGGGCAACAUCCUGGUGAUCGUCACCUACUCCUUCUACAAGAAGGCCAAGUCCAUGACGGAUGUCUACCUUCUGAACGUGGCCAUAGCCGACAUGCUGUUUGUGGCGGCUCUGCCCCUGAUCAUCUACAAUGAGCAGAGUGACUGGGCCAUGGGGAUGGUGGCCUGUAAGGUUCUCCGCGGGGCCUACAGCGUCAACCUGUACAGUGGCAUGCUAUUGUUAGCUUGUAUUAGCACCGACCGCUACAUUGCUAUCGUCCAGGCCCGUCGCUCCUUCCGGCUCCGCUCCCUGAUCUACAGCCGCAUCAUCUGCGCUGCAGUCUGGAGCCUGGCCCUGCUCCUCUCUGUCCCCACCUUUGUCUACUACGAGCGUUAUGUGCCUGCACACAGCACCAUUGGAAAUUAUAAUGACAACUAUGAUAACAACAAUGCUACAACACUGUUUGAUCUGGAGAACAACAUAUUCUUAGAAGAGGAGGAGGAGGAGGAGGAGGACUAUGUAGUCUGCAACUUCAAGUUCCCAGACAACGCCACGGCCCGUCAGAUGAAGAUCCUGGUCCCGAGCACCCAGAUGGCGGUGGGCUUCUUCCUGCCCCUGUUGGUCAUGGGCUUCUGCUACGCCAACAUCAUUGUCACGCUGCUGCGUGCCAAGAACUUCCAGAGGCACAAGGCGGUGCGCGUGGUGCUGGCUGUGGUGGUCGUGUUUAUCAUCUGUCAUCUGCCCUACAACGCCGCACUACUCUACGACACGGUCAACAAGUUCCAUACCCAGACCUGCAGUCAGGUGGAUACCACCGAAGUGGCCAAGACAGUGACAGAAACGGUGGCCUACCUGCACUGCUGCCUCAACCCGGUCCUAUACGCCUUCAUCGGGGUGAAGUUCAGGAACCACUUCAGGAAGAUUGUGGAGGAUGUGUGGUGCAUUGGGAAGAGGGUCAUGAAUCCCCGACGCUUCUCGAGGGUCACGUCAGAGAUGUAUGUCUCCACUGUCCGCAGGUCUAUGGAUGGAUCCUCUACAGACAACGCAUCUUCUUUCACCAUGUGAGGACGAGACCCUGUGGUGGAGACUGCUACUGCUGUGAACCUUAGCGCAGGCUGAUACAUUUAUCAAUGUACCUAUGCCAUCUUUAUUGAAUGUUUCCAUAAGCCUUACAUGGAAUAAUCAAUGUAAAAUAAGUGUUUAUUUAAAUGAUAACUACUGUAAUGACAACUGUUUCUACUUGCUGUUUAUGGUUUAUGCAUAUGAUAUAUCGGUUGUUGCUUUUAUGCAGUUCUGUCUUUGGUUAAUGCACAAUUGCGGUUUAUGUCUGUGUUUGAACGUAUUUUGAAAGACAAAAUAAAAAACACUUUUUUAUGGCCUAUAUUAAUUUCCUAAUGUAUUUAUUAACGGAAGGACAAUACUCCGUAAUCUGGGUUUCAGCCAUGGCAAACUGCUCACAAUUAGUAGAAGUAACAGCGUUGUUAUUGUUACCCAGUAGAUGGCGCCAUUUACACUCUUUACACUAUGUCUCUACACAGUCUGGAAUGAAGCGUUGUAAAAUCAGUGCGGAGACAGCUUCCCUAGAAUUAAGUGAGUUCUACAAAGAUAAGGCAGUAUUGUUGUUUAAGAAAGCCAAAUACUAGGUCAUAUUUGAUUUGAGUGAAAUGAUGUUAUUGCCUUAGGUAAUUGGUUCAUAGGACAGACAGCCUCAUAUGCACUAUUUAGUUAGUGAAUGUUCUUGUCAACGUAAUGUUACAAUUGUUGCUAGUUUACAACCUUUGGGGCUUGAUUGCUGUCAUUUGUGCUCACUUGCUAAUUAAAGAUCCUAAUGUAA